ACAGCUUCAUUCGGCAUCUCAAGCUUGUCAACUUCCACACGCGCCCACGUGUCUUGAGAGACCUUACAUCUUACCCUUGCAGUACCAAGGGCAUCAAAAUAUCGCAGCAAGAAGCUGGAACUUUCGGCCAUGGCUUCAGCCCUUAUCGUACGAAACUUGACAUCUACAAUCUUCUCAAUUCAGCGUGUUGAGCGGUUUGAGGACCCAAGUACGCUACAGUCCAAAGCAAGCGAGUACUUCUUCGGUGCUCAAAGCGCUCCAUCCGCGGCGCCGACUUCACCUGAGCUCAGCAGCCAUGCACAAAGUUUCAAUGAUCAAGACCUUGAAACCACCUUGCAGCCAUUCGAGUCGUACACUUUAAGAGUCGCAAAUUCGAAGCAGUCCGACGCAUCUACAUUAUCAAAUCCAACCCUCCGUCUCACCAUCCAGACAUCCAAUGGUGAACGCCAUCGCAUUGAUACGCACCCGUCAUAUACUCAAAAGGCAACACAGUCAUUUAUUCCGCUGUCCGCAGAUUCUUCAACAACCUACAAAGCCCUCUUUCAUCCAUCGAAGCCAGUUCCCCAUCUCUCGAUCCAUGUUAACCACCUUCCCAAAUACUCUUCGUGGAUGGGCUCGUUACCAGAUGAUCUGCCUCUAUCAGCCAUAAGCAUCCCAGGAUCGCACAAUGCGCAUACACACUACCGAGCCCUCCCGUCUGUUCGAUGCCAGGUCCACGACGUAAAGGCACAGCUAGAGAAUGGGAUUAGGUUCCUUGAUAUACGUGUACAGCCAACGCACGCGACGGAUGCAUCGAAGAAAGAUCUUUACCUAGUACACGGCGCAUUCCCUGUGAGUCUGACAGGACCGAAGUACCUUGAGCCUAUCCUAAGGACAUGCUACGACUUUCUCUUAGCAAACCCUAGCGAGUCGGUAUUGGUUAGUUUGAAGCGAGAAGGUGUAGGAAGCGCGACGGACGAACAUCUUGCCCGCAUUCUGGAGGAGCAUUACAUCAAGCCCAACGCGCGCCAUUGGUAUACGGAGAACGCAAUACCGUACUUGGGGGCUGUCAGGAGUAAACUGGUUCUGGUACGGCGGUACAAUGUAGCGCGGACUGUGGCUUCAUCUUCAACUUCGAAUUGCAAGAAUGGCGGCCUUGACGCAACAGCCUGGCCGCACAACGCAACCCACGCCGUAUUCCCAUCGCACUCUUCCGCACCGACAUUUUGUCUGCAAGACUUCUGCGAGGUCCUAGUACCGGAUAUCAUACCGACGAAGAUACAGCAUUGUAACGACCAUCUCGUGCGUUCGGCUGCUGCGGUUCACCCCAUUCCUGGAAUAACAACCGAUGUCACGAACCCAGUACCACCAGGUCCUCUGUACCUGAACUUUCUCUCUGGUAGUAAUUUCUGGAAGAAAUCUUGCUGGCCUGGAGCGAUCGCCAAGAUUGUCAACAGGGGCAUGGAAGAGUGGCUUUGUGAGGGGCAUCACUUGGAGGCUCCAAAUACGACGCCUCGCCACCCGGAGGUGACAGACGAGAGCGAAGAGAGUGCAGUGAGGAGGGCUAAGAGUGGCGAUGGAAGCACAGGUAUUAUUGUCAUGGAUAAUGUGGGCGAGAAUGGAGACUGGGAGUUGGUCAAGCUGAUCGUGGGCAUGAACAUGGGAGUGUUAGCGAAGAUGAAAGCACUGGGGGAGAGUUGACGAAGAACAAAUUCAAUAGAAGAUCACAAAUGUGUAUAUAUGAUAUCUAAGAUCCCGGUCACACCUACACCCCAUGUUGGCUCG